AUGUCAGUUGAUCAAAAUUUAAAACAUCAAUCAGAAUCAGCAGCAGCAAAGAAACAAACAGCUAAAUUAACUCAAGUUUUAAUUAAUUUUUUCACAAAAGCUGCUCAAAUUAUAUUAGAUUCAAGAUCAGAUUCAAAAAAAAUUCAUUCACCUUAUAAUGAUGAUGAAAUUCAUCAUAAAAUUAAUAAAUGGUUUAAUCUUCAUAUGAUAUCUUCAACAAAAGAAGAUUUAAAAUUAUGGAAAAGUUCAGAUUUAACUUCUAUACCUCCAAUGAUUAUUGAAACAUAUUUAGAUUUAAGACAACUACCUUCUAAUCAAACUUUAGUUUUAUUUGAUGAUGAAAAACAUCCAUGGACUGUAGCAAAAUCAAAUAGUAAAAAACAAGAAGUUGUAUUAGAAAGAUGGUUAAUUGAAUUUGAUCAAAGACCAACUAAUUUAAUAAAUGAUGAAUUGCCAACUAUUUAUAAACAAGCUAUUAUAUUAUUUCGUACAAUUUAUGGUUAUUCAAGAUUAAUGCCAUCAUAUAAAUUAAAAUUAAAACAAUCUAAUAAAUUAUCAUUAGGAAAUAAAAUAUUAGAUGGUAAUCAACCAAUUAGUUCAAAGGGAAGAAUAGGAUUAUCUAAACCAAUAAUUGAAUUAAAUGAAUCACAUACAACUCAAAAAUUUUUUACACCAAUAAAUACAAGUUUAGGUACUUUAAAAAUUUCAAUUGCUUAUAGAAAUCAUUAUGAUUUUAAUUUACAUGAACAUGAAGAAGUAUUAUCAGUUCAUUUUACAAAACAUGAUGAAGAUAUUAAAAAUAAAUUAUCAUCAUUAUCACCAUGUUCUUCAUUAAAUUCUUCAAAAGAUCAUAAUAAUAUACUGUUUAUAAAAGAAACUUCAACAUCACCAAAAAGAUCAUCUACUUCUCCUGCACAAAAAGUACCUAUUGUACCAGUACAACAAAUCCCAAAUCAAAACCCAAAUCAAAAUCAAAAUCAACCUACUUCUAAUAUUCAACAAUCAACAUCAUUAGAAAGAAAAAUUUCAAUUACAAGUAGUAAAUCAAUUUCAAAUGCUUCAUUAGCUGCAUUUUUAAGAAAUCCAAGAAGUAAUACACCAUCAACAAAUAAUAUACCAAUAAUAAAUAAUAAUAAUAAUAAUAAUAAUCCAUAUAGUUCUUCUUUCCCAAGAUCAAUUAGUUCAUCAACUGGUAAUGAUGAUUCAAUAUUUCAAAAUCCUGAUUCAACAAAUAAUACUCCAAGAUUUUCAUCAUCAUUUGGUUCAAGAGCAAGUAGAAGAUUUAGUAAUACAAGUAUACGUCAACAUACACCACUGUCUGAUUAUUUUAAUCAAAGUAAUAAUAGUGUUGAUGCAGCAUUAAGUGGAUUAUAUAUGGAUGAUGAUAUAAAUGAUUUUGUAAGAAUGAUUGAUUCAAAAUCAGAUUUAAAAUUAUCUGGUGGAAGUAAUAAUACAAAUGAAUCAUUUAAAAAUAAACCAAUUAAAGAAGUUAUAGAUGAUGAUGAUUUAGAAGAUAUAGAAAGUAGAGAAUUACAAAAAUAUCAAAAUUUAAGAGAUAAAUAUUCUCAAUUAGGUGAUAGUGUUAAUGCUGGUGUAAAGGAUGAUUUAUUAUUUCCAAUGAGUGAUAUGAAUUCGAGAUAG